UAAUUUAAUCUGAUAAUGAAAUGUGCAGUUGUAUAUUAUUAUCAUUCAUGUUUUGUCUGCAGGGAUGAGGAAAAGGUUAAAGCCAGGAAGGAAGAGCCAAAAGAACAGAAAACGGAGGCUCAGUUGCUGAUGGAAGCCAAGGCUCGAAAGCAUGAAGAUGAAGAGUCGGCACGCCUGCGGGAAAUUGAAGAACAACGCCGCAUUCAGCGUGAAAAGGAAGAUGAAGAGCUAAGGCGUCUGAAGGAAAAACAGGCCCAGCGGCAAAAACAGCGUGAGGAAGAAGAGCGAGCUUUGGAACAGCAAAAGAAACAACUGGAAGAACAGCGCAAGCGUGAAGAGGAAGAUCGCAAGCAAAAGGCGGAAGAGGAUAAACGUCGCAAGCAAGAAGAAGCCGAACGCAAGAAAGCCGCCGCGGCAGCUGCCAUGUCGGGCGGGCGCAACUUCGUCAUCGAUAAGGAAAAGAAGGGCGAAAGCACCAUUGACAAGUUCAUGAACAUCUCCAAAGCGAAGACCGAGAUGGGCCUGAACUCCAACGAACUGGAAGCUCUGAAACGCAAGACCAUCAGUGACCGCAUUAAACCACUGUCCGUGGAAGGUCUGGAUAACACCGGCUUGAAGGCGAAGGCGGAAGAGCUGUGGAAACUCAUCAUUCAAGUGGAGACCGCUAAAUACGAUCUGGAAGAACGCGCUAAGCGUCAAGAAUAUGACUUGCGUGAACUGAACGAACGUCAGCGUCAAAUUAACAAGAAGAAGUACGAAGCCGCCGGUCUGGAUGCGGAACAAGCCAGCUCACGUUUCCCGCCCAAAGUCCGCAUCGUCAGCAAGCACGAACGCCAGGUGGACCGACGGACAUUCGGUGAUAAGCGCGGCCUUUUUGACACCUCCAACAAGAAAGACGAUAAACCGGAACUCAAUAAACCACUGGCCAAGAAGCGCGAGACCUGGAUUAAGGAGAAGGGUGAAGAGCGCCAACGUCACUCCUACGCCGAGGAUCUGGAGGAGGAGCCCGCCGAGAACACCUACGGUGGCGGGGGAGCAUCCCACGAUGAGGAUAAUUAUGGCAGCAGCCGCUACUCUUCCCAUCAGGCCGAAGAGGAAGUGGCCGAGGAAGAGGAGUAAAGGUCAUCGCGUCGUUGCAUAAUGUACUGCGCUGCUUAACGUUGUGCAUCGAUAUUUGCUAGUUUAACUGUACGGUGUUUGAGUAAACAAUCUAGUCAGCGUAAAUUUUUUUCUUGCAUACCGAUGUACUCUGUAUAAGUGGAAUAGGCGAAUUACUGAGGUAUGGGCGCUGGGUACAUUAAAAAUGGUUUAUAAAAUGCUGUACGCAAUGGCGUUUUCCACUUUGAUACAAAAACA